UUAAAAUUCUCAAACUCCAAAUCUAGAAAUCUCCAUCUCUCUCUCUCUACUGAAUCCCUUCACCAAGAUCAAUGGCGGAAGAUCAAUCAGAAGUAAUCACAACGAAUCCUCAUCUCACAACACCUCCAGGCCUAACACCAGACGAAUUCGAAGAACUAAAACAAUUCAUAUCCGAAUUCCACUCCUACGAAAUCACCAACUCCGGCCAAUGUUUCUCAAUCCUCGCUCAACGCAUCCACGCUCCGCGCGAACUCGUCUGGUCAAUCAUCCGUCGAUUCGACAAACCUCAAACCUACAAACAUUUCAUCAAAAGCUGCUCUGUUAAAGAAGGAUUCACUAUCUGCGUCGGAUGCACGCGCGACGUCAACGUUAUUUCAGGUUUACCGGCGGCAACUAGUACUGAAAGACUGGAAUUACUUGACGAUGAUCGAUUCGUAUUCGGAUUUAGUAUCAUCGGCGGUGAACAUAGGAUGAGGAAUUAUCGUUCUGUUACGACUGUUCAUGAGAUUGAACGGAACGAUGAGAUCUAUUGUGUUGUUAUUGAAUCGUAUAUUGUUGAUGUUCCUGAAGGUAAUACUGAAGAAGAUACUCGUUUGUUUGCUGAUACUGUUGUGAAAUUGAAUCUGCAGAAACUUGCGUCGGUGACGGAAACUUUGGCUCGUGAUUCCGGUGAUCGGAAUUAAAUCUCUCAGGUUUGAUUAAUUGAAAAUAUGUUAAAGAUCUUGAGUUUGAUUUGGUUCGUUUUCUUUUCUGUUUGUUAAUGGAAUCACACUUUUAGCAUGUUAACUGCUUAAUUUGUUGUUAUUUUAUUAUGAUAAAUGAAUGAAUGCAUUGAAUUCUGUACAG